GUGGAUAAGGAAGAGGGAGAGGAGGGGCGCGGUGCUGUGAACGUUUCGGUUAAAACCCUAGCCUUAGGAGAACAACGACACCAUUUAGUUCUACCACUGCGAGUUUCAUUCAAGGUUGAGAAAAUCGGUGAAAAGGACAAGCCGACGUGAUAACCGAAAUAAGUCCUCAACGCAAUGGCAUUUUGCAAGAUAACACCUGUUCUUCGCCUGUUGUUCCUCGGUCUCUCUGCAUGGACACAUAUUUCAGCUUUUAAUCUUGAUACAGAGAAUGUCCUCAAGAAAUACGGGGAACCGGGCAGCCUGUUCGGAUUUUCCCUCGCCCUACACAGACAACUUAAUCCUGCUGAUAAGAGAAUACUGUUGAUUGGAGCUCCUCGUGCCAAGGCCCUGCCCAAUCAGAAGGCAAAUGUGACUGGAGGGCUGUACAGCUGUGAGGUCACCACCCAGCGCAAAGAUUGCAAUCGCAUAGAUUUCGACAAUGAUGCGGAUCACAAUGUUGAGAACAAGGAGAACCAGUGGAUGGGGGUGACAGUUCACAGUCAGGGUCCUGGUGGGAAGAUUGUGACUUGUGCCCAUCGCUACCAGAGACGUCUGUUCGUGGGCACGCCACAGGAGUCCCGUGACAUCACAGGACGCUGCUACGUCCUGAGUGAGGACCUCAGUAUCGACCCCAACUCGGACGAGGAUGGUGGAAACUGGAAGUUCUGUGAGGGCCGCGCCCGAGGCCAUGAGAGAUUUGGGUCCUGCCAGCAGGGUUUGUCGGCCACCUUUACAAAGGACUACCAUUAUGUGGUCUUUGGAGCACCUGGCGCAUACAACUGGAAGGGCGUUGUACGUGUAGAACAGAAGAAUAGCACUCUGCUGGAACUGGGUAUCUUUGAUGACGGACCUUAUGAAGUUGGAGAUGAAAACCGUUUGGACCAAGCUCUAGUGCCAGUACCUGCUAACAGUUACUUGGGAUUCUCUCUUGAUUCUGGGAAAAGCAUUACUAUGAAGGACCAACUGACCAUUGUGGCUGGGGCUCCUCGAGCCAAUCACAGUGGAGCAGUGGUCUUCCUCAAGACGGAAGCAGACCAAUACACUAUGCUCUCACCAGAGUACACUCUUGAAGGGGAGGGCCUGGCAUCUUCCUUCGGCUAUGACGUAGCUGUUGUCGAUCUCAAUGGAGAUGGGUGGCAGGAUCUUGCAGUGGGCGCCCCUCAGUAUUUCAUGAAAGAUGGAGAAGUUGGAGGAGCUGUGUACAUCUACAUCAAUCAGGGUGGGAAGUGGGACAAGAUUAAGCCCCUCCGUCUCAAUGGAACCAAGGACUCCAUGUUUGGACUGGCGGUUGAGAACAUUGGGGACGUUAACCAGGACUCAUAUGAAGAUAUUGCAGUUGGAGCCCCGUAUGAUGGUGCUGGAGCUGGAAAAGUAUACAUUUACCAUGGCACUGCUGAUGGAAUCAACACCAUGCCAGCACAGGUUCUUGAGGGUGAUUCUGGUAUCAAGUUAUUUGGAUACUCUUUGGCUGGGAACAUGGAUCUGGACAGGAACUCCUAUCCUGAUCUUGCUAUCGGGUCUCUUUCAGAUACUGUAUUUCUGUACAGGGCUAAGCCAGUUAUAAACAUUGAGCAAAGUAUCCAAAUCAUGCCAAAGGAGAUUGACCUGACUAAGAAAACCUGUGGGAACAGUAUAUGCGUGUCAGUGGAAGCCUGCUUUUCCUACACAGCAGUCCCCAAGUCCUACAGCCCCAGACUGACCUUGGCCUACUCACUUGAGGCAGAGGCUGUAAGGAGGAAGCUGGGCCUGCACUCCAGAGUCACAUUCCUGACGAAGUCGAGCACGGACCAGGACUACCAGUCCAAGGGGACCCUGGAGCUCCGUGCACAGAACAAGAAAGCUUGUGUCAAGUCAGAACUCAAACUGCAGGACCAUAUCGAGGAUAAGCUACGUGGGAUUCCCAUUGAGGUGUCGGUGGCCAUCCAGAAUGCCAGACGCAGGAAGAGACAGAGUGCCCUCCCUGAGCUGGUCCCCAUGCUCAAUUCCAACCAGCCAAGCAAAACCGUUGCUGAGGUCAGCUUCUUGAAGGAAGGUUGUGGAUCUGACAACAUCUGCCAGAGUAACUUGGAGCUGCAGUACAGGUUCUGUUCCAGAGAACCCAACCAAGAUGUGUUUCCUCCACUGCCUCUGCAGAAUGGGGUCCCAGAGAUAUCGCUCAGUGACCAGAAGGACAUUGCUCUGGAAGUCACAGUGAAAAAUAAUGGUGGGGAUGACGCCCAUGAAGCCAAGCUGAUUGGGAUGAUCCCUAGUGCUCUGUCCUACUCUGCUUUCCGCUCGCCAAAUAGCCCGGUGAUUUGUGCAGCAAAUACAAAUGGAUCAGAGGUUAAAUGUGGUUUGGGGAAUCCACUCAAGAGAGAUUCUGAGGUUACAUUCCACAUAAUAUUGAGUACUGCUGGCAUCUCUUUGAACACCACAGAAAUUGAGCUUGACCUUCAGCUUGAAACGACCAGCGAACAGAAGAAUCUGAGCCCAGUGAAAGCCAAGGCAAAUGUAGUAAUUGAGCUGCUGCUAUCAGUGUCUGGAUUGGCCCGGCCAUCACAGGUCUACUUUGGAGGAGAAGUAACAGGAGAGAGAGCCAUGAAAACAGAAGAUGAAAUUGGCAGUCUGAUUGAAUAUGAAUUCAGGAUUAUUAAUUUGGGUAAGCCACUGAAAUCAUUUGGCACAGCAUCCCUGAACAUCCAUUGGCCCAAAGAGAAUUCUGCUGGGAAAUGGAUACUGUAUCUUGUGAAAAUUAAGACCAAUGGGCUGGAUAAAAUCCCCUGCUCCCCUGAAGGAGAGAUCAGCCCACUCAGCCACAUCAAGGAAUCCAGCACAUCACGGACAAAACGUGAGGUAGAAGAGAGAAAAUCCUCUGACAAAGGAAAAAUAUCCCUACUAACAGACAAAAGAAAAUACAAAACUCUGACAUGUGACAAUGAGGCAAAAUGCGUGCAGAUCAAGUGCCCCCUGCAGGGCUUGGACAGUAAUGCUGUCAUUCUUCUGAGGGCACGACUCUGGAAUGCCACCUUCAUUGAGGACUAUUCAACGUUGAAUUACCUUGACAUCAUUGUGAAAGCUUCACUCAGCCUGGAUGCCUCAGCGAAGAACAUGGCUCUGAGAAAAGCUGAAUCCCAGGUUAGGGUGACGGUGUUUCCAGAGAAGUCAGCUGCACAGUACAGUGGAGUUCCCUGGUGGAUCAUUCUGGUGGCCAUCCUGGCUGGCAUCCUUAUGCUGGCACUGCUGGUGUUUCUGCUCUGGAAGUGUGGAUUUUUCAAGCGUUCAAAGUAUGAUGACAGCAUUCCAAGAUACCAUGCUGUACGAAUAAAAAAAGAAGAACGCCAAUUUAAAGAUGGAAAAGCCAAACUUGACAACCUUGAGAAAAAACAAUGGAUGGCGACAUGGAAUGAGAAUGAGAGCUACUCUUAAGACUUGCUGGCUGUUACGAUGAUGUUGCUAGAAGCAUCUUGGCCUCCUGCUUAAAAAAAUGUGUCUAAUGCCUUGAGUCAUGCAUCAUAGAACCAAGGGUCUUCAUUUUGCACAAUUUUUUCAUCUUAUUGUAUAUAUUGAAAAGCAAAGUGCAAAGAAAAAAGAGUGACUUUCAUGCAUCCCACAUGGAUUCUCAGAAAUGGCAACACCCUAAGGUCUAAAAUGUUUAACCUCCUAAGACCUGAUAUUUCAUUUGGGUCCCUUGCAAGGGACAUGAGUCUCUGGUCUCAAGAACCAUAUUCUACUAUGCUGAAACGUAGAUUACAUGGGACAUUCAGUAAAAAUAAAAUAAAUAUUUUUGAAUAGAUUUUCACUGCAAUGUUUUGUCAUCCAAUCCACUUUUAUUAUGUUUUAUAAAAAAUUAAAAUGCUGAAACUUUCUGCCAGGUCUCUGGAGGAUUUCACAUUGGCAUCACAUUUAGCUUUAUGGAUAGGAAGAAGGAAAUCAAAGCUUUAUUUUUUAAAUUUUGCAGCUUUCAUUCAGACUUAUUUUUUGUCUGACUGAGUGAUCACAUGGUUUUUCAUUUGUAAUUGCACUCCUGAAUUCUCUCAUGUUUGUUCCAUGAUCUUAUAUUCAUCUUUGUCACGCUGAACUCUUUCCAACCUUCUGGAUGUUUUUUUUAAACGUAUAGGCUUGAACAUUUUGUACGUUUUGUAUAUAUCUAAAUAUUUGUAGAACAAUGUGUAUUUAUUUUUUACCAUAGACUGUUAAUGAUUUAGAUCUUCAUAGGCCAAAGAUUCUUACUUGCUAUCUCAAAAAAGGACAUUUUAUCAGGUGAUGGAAGGCAAUUUGGAAAUGUUAAUGCAGAGCCGCUUGGGAUGGUGCUACAGAGGAUUAGUUUUAUGUUCAAUCUGAAAGUAUUUUGAAAGACUGCAAAAAUAUUGCACAUCACAAUCAUCCAUUUUUGACAUACUCAGCGAGUCAUGGUUUGUCUUUUUAAUCAAAUGUACUAUUGCUUAUCAAUUAGUGAUUUUUAAUAAGACAGUGCAUACAUUAUGUUGAGUGCUAUAUGACCAAUAGCAACCUAUUGUUUAGUGUCCAAAUGUGCUAGUGCAUGUUUAGAGUGCCUGCUGACUAAAAUUAUGUUUGUAAAGCUAGCAGUGCCACUUGAGAUUCACCUCAAAAUAAAUGUACAAUUUUAUAUCAAAUUGCAUAAUGCAUUAUAUUGCAGCAGUUCUACAUCUACGUAUCUACGUAUUUUAGACUGAGGAGUAGAAAAAAUGUAUAUUGCAUCAUGCAAAACGUAUGUACACACAUAAAGUGAUAUACUGUAGCCCAUUUUUUUGAUAGUAUUUCAAAUCCUUUUUUACUUUUUUACAAUUGAAUAAUUUUUUAGUGAUGCUCCAUAGUGAUCUGGACACUAAGUGAUAAAAAUGGUAAAUAAUUCCUAACAAUAGAAGGGAAUUGCUGUAACCGUUUCAAGUGAUUUCACAAGAAUUUCACUAACCCUCUGUUGUACCUCCUAAUUUUGCGCAUUACUAAAUAAAACAAAAAGCAAAAUGGCUGUGGCAACAAAAAAUUGAAUUUUUUUUUAAAAUACAAUGUGCAGGUGCAAAUUUUACAACUUUAACAUUUAUUGUUAUUAUUAUUAUCAUUUUUUGCUAUUUAUGCUACUUUUAUUUAUAUUUUGCAACAGCAUCUGCAUGUGUGCCUGAUAAGAGCUUCAAAAGGACAUCUGUGACAUCAAGCAUACUAACACCGUUGUACAUUUCAACAGUAGAUAAAGUGAACAGAUGAUUUUGCUAUUUUCAAGAAUGAUACCUUUAAAAAGAAAACUAUGUGGAUAUUGUUCAUUACAACCCCUUAAUUGAUUACUGCUACCAUGAGAAAUGCUCAUCACAACUCAAAUGCUUCUUACUCUAAUUCUGUGUGUAGGCAAUGCAUUUUCUUAACAUUUUAAGAUUAAGUCUGAUCACUGGCUCUCUUCUCAAUACCCCUACCCUCCCCUCCCCUCCCCUCCCCACCAAACCAAACUCCUUUUGUAUUACCUGUGGAUAAAAAAGAAAAUAAAGAGGAAAAAAGCUUUUGCA